UGUCGAGUAGUUGAAACCAAUAAGCAACUACAGUCUACUUUCUUCGUUUAGAAAUCACCGUUUUCAGACUACAGCAUUAUUUAAUAUAACGACGUUCAUUAAUUCCUUUAAAAUUACAACCGUUCAAUUUAAAAUGUAUUUUAUCUACUAAGUAAAAUUUAUUUUAAAGCUAACUUAAUGACCGACUUGAUAGUGAUAUCCAUUAUUUCUGAUUCUGAACGAUACCGGUGAAUGAACUGUCAAAUAUGUAAUGAAGUUAGCCGCUGUCUGGAUUCCAUAAAAUUGCGUUAGUGUACAUCUGUGUAAGGUAUUAUUACAGAUGUGUGCUAUAAGGGCACGACGGCCCACCCGCCGUUGACGGGCGAAGCAAACCAAAACUCGUCCCUACCUUUGCUUGCAGUCCGAUAUUUACCGGGGCGUUGAGUGCCGGUAAAACUGUUUACAAAUCCGAUUUUCAAGUAUAAUAAUGCAAGAACGUGUAUUUUCUUCGGGUGUUCAAAAUUAAAAAUGCACCGACGGUUUUUAAAAAUCGAACUGUAACGCUCGUUAGUGGUGGUCACUGUGAGAAUAGUGAAAAAUGUGUUUGUUCCGUGGGACAUUGUUUUUGUUCCUUCUGCUUACUGUAUCCGAAGCAGGACAACAUUUGGUUCAUAGACAAAGAUCGCACAAGGGGCCUCGAAGACAUCGCGCUAUCCACGAUGGCGCGCUUCGCUUUGAACCCGAACCGUAUAGUAAGAAAUUGGAGCGCAACAGUUCUGGCAAAAUACAUUGCAAAGUUGCCGGCGGUGUCGCUCCAACUAUACAGUGGUACCUGAAUGAAGAGGACGCGCUACCAGAAGGCGUGACAUCAGUAAACGGCACACUCCUGGUCUCGGAAGCAGCUCGUCGCCACACCGGCAACUACACUUGCCGAGCGGUCGACGGCAACAGUACCAUCAGGGCGACCAUUAGUUUGGAUAUUGUUGUAUCGCCACGUAUCCUGGAGCCAUCAUCUGGUCAGCAAGUCAACGUGGUGGAGGGUCAAACAGCUGUCCUCAACUGUCAGGCAACAGGCGACCCGCAACCUACGACCCAGUGGGAUAGAAACCGCACACUGUUACUCCAACAAUCCGGUGUAAGUCUUGAAGGUUCUAUCAACGCAUCUUCAGCCAGAUUUCUGGUACUAAAUAACGGUACUCUUCUAAUACGGAAUGUGAAGGAAGAUGAUUCGGACAUAUACGGGUGCCUAGCGGGUAGUGCGGCGGGGUUGGCCAGGAAUGAACUUUUAUUACUUGUUCAUGCAGAAGGCGCCCUGCCGGUUCAGGAGUCGACAGGGGUGGGAGGCAAGGCAGUAGUCGUGUCGAUAUCUGUGGCAGCCGCCUAUAUGAUCCUUGUUCUGGCCCUUAUGUAUUACUGUCGACGACGACGGCUACGCAGCCGACAAAGAGGCGAAAAAAUUGAGCUAGAAAUGGCAGAAGGUAGAGAGAAGUUGGUAGAAGAAGGCGAAGAGGAGAAACCGAAGGUCGCCAAUGGGUCUGCAGUGCAAAACGGACGACUCCUACCACAUGAUAGAGAUAGUGGCGCAGAUAACUCUGAAGUGUCCGGGAUAUCGCGAGCGUCAAAGAAAUCUGGACAGUACGACCAUCUGACUGUGCCCCGGACGCUGCUCACUGAACAAAUAACACUGGGUCGUGGAGAAUUUGGAGAAGUGAUGUUAGCGAAGAUAGACAUGUGCCAAGUGAAGAAGCUGAAAUGUAAGGAUGACGCGGAAACUGAGCCGAAACUGAGACCAGUGCUGGUCAAAGCGCUCACCACUAAGGAUGAGGCCCAACUGUCGGAGUUCAGACGACAAUUGGAACUAUUUGGUCGAGUCCGUCACGAAAACAUCGUCCGCCUGAUUGGUCUGUGCAACGAAGCCGACCCGCAUUAUAUGUUGUUGGAGCACACCGACUGGGGUGACCUGAAGAAUUUCCUGAUCGCAACCCGCACCCCCGAGGAGAACGCGGAGUACAUGUCUCGCGUGGGCCCGGCGCACCCCCCCGCGGUGGCGGAGCGCCCGGCCGUGCCGCUGGAGCCCCAACACAGGGCUCUGCUGGCCGCACACCUCGCCGCCGCCGGCGCCAGGCUGGCCGCCAAGAGAGUCACGCACAGGGAUAUAGCGGCUCGGAACUGCGUAAUAACCUCACAGCUGCAACUGAAGCUGUCUCUAGCGGCGCUCACACGCGGCCCGCAUUCACACGAGUACUGUAAACGUCACGAUCAGGUGAUACCUUUGCGGUGGUUGCCGUCGGAAGCCGUAUUGGAGGGAGAAUACUCAACAAAAUCGGACGUGUAUAUGUUUGCAGCUACAGUUUGGGAGAUAUACACAAAAGCGGAAUUACCUUUUGGCAAAUUAAACGAUAAUUCCGUUAUGGAGAGGCUGAAGAGUGGUACAUUGGAGUGGGUGGUACCAGGUUCGAUGCCCGACCCACUGGCCGCUUUGCUGAAACGCUGUUGGAGCAAAUCGCCAUCAGACAGACCGCAGUUCACGGAAAUAUGCGAGGAAAUGAGCACUAUAAUGCAGAAUAUCACGGCGGACGAUAUCACGGAACAAACUGCGGAGAACGAGGCUUAAAUUUAACGUAAGGGUGAAUUAAUGUGUAAAUACAAUUGUAUAAGUAAGGCUUCUGUUUUGCUGUGAGCGAGCAGCGAUUAUGUUAGCGUAGUUGUAAGUCAAACAUCUCUAUUGAGGUGUGCCUAAUAGUUUCAAAUGAUAGUAUUAUUUCAAAAUUAAUAUAACGAUAUUAAUUAUUUCAAUAUAUUUAAUUGAAUGAAUUGAUCUCAUCCAAAUUUUGGUUUAUUUUUCUGUGAAAAAAUUGCAGUUAUAUAGAAAAUUACCGUAAGGGGUCAUAUGUACAUUAUGAUAUAGUUAUAAGUUAAAGAAAGAGACGGUCAAUGAAAUGUUUUUUUUAUUUUUCAUUUUUUUUUGUGUAUGUGUGAAAUUCGUAUGACAUAAUUUUUCUAUGGUCCCUUAGAAUGAAUGACAAGAAGUUCUAUUAAAUUUAGUGAUUGAGAAGUAUAGAAAUAAAUUAAUUAUUACUUAAGAUGUAAGUUAGACUAUUUUAAUAAGCUAUAGCUUAUAGUUGAUGAGAAUAUUAUGCCUACUACUAUUAAUAAUAUACUACUAAAUGGAUUGUAGAUAAUUUUGUUAAUUAAACUAAUUGUUUUGUCGAACAAAUUUACUACUUCAUCAUUUUUUAAAUAUUAUAUUU